CUCUCUGGACCCUUUCUUCUUCUUCUUCUUCUUCUUCUUCUUCUUCUUUUUUCCUUGUUGUUAUUUUUGUUUGUUUACCGUCACCGGGAUGGAGGAGGUCAAAGACCCGCGCACCGUCCCUCGGUCCUCCUGCUUCUCCAUCAAGAGCCUCCUGCUCCCGUCCAAGUGCGACAGAGCGGACUCCGUGUCCGGGAUCACCAGGAUCACCGGGAACACCGGGAUCACCGGGAUCACCGGGAACACCGGGAUCACCGGGAUCACCGGGACUUUGUCUCCGUCACCGGGAUCUGACUCUGACAAAUCACUGGACUCCUGCGCUGCCGCGGAUCUGGAGCCGGACAAACCGGAGCAGGAGGUUCACGGAGCGGAUGAGGAAGAGGAGGAGGACGGAGGAGGUGAAGGAGAGAAUAAAGCGGCGGAUAAUAACAACAGUAUUAUUAUAAAUAACAACAAUAAUAAUAAUAAUAAUAAUAAUAAUAAUAAUAAAGGCGGUAAAUAUGAGAAGCCUCCGUUCAGCUAUAACGCGCUCAUCAUGAUGGCGAUCAGACAAAGUCCAGAAAAACGACUCACGCUCAACGGAAUCUACGAGUUCAUCAUGAAGAACUUUCCGUUUUACCGGGAGCAGAAGCAGGGCUGGCAGAACUCCAUCCGCCACAACCUCAGCCUCAAUAAGUGCUUCGUCAAGGUCCCGCGACACUACGACGACCCGGGGAAAGGGAACUACUGGAUGUUGGAUCCGAGCAGCGACGACGUCUUCAUCGGCGGAACCACCGGGAAACUGCGCCGCCGCUCCGCCACCUCCCGCGGGAAACUGGCGCUGAAGCGCGGGCUGCGCUUUGCUCCGCUCGGUUUAACGGGGAUGAACGAGCGCGGGAACAACCCGCUGUACUGGCACAUCUCCCCCUUCCUCUCCCUCCACCAUCAUCAUCAUCACCACCCGACCCACUACAACGGAAGCGGCGCCGGGUUUCUGGGUCAGCCGCCGGGCUACGGGCCGCUGCUGCCCGCCGUGGAGCCGCUGAGUAACGGGGAGCUGAGCCGGUCCAUCCUCGGCUCCGGUUCCGCUGCCGGAGCCUUGAGUAUGAGCAACAGCUACGGGAUGAGUUCGGCUCCGGUCGGACUUCUCAGUGGACAAAGUACCGGUUAUUUUGUCUCAUCAGGGUCUCAGCACGGUUCUACGGCGCCACCGGGAGCAGGAGGAGGAGGAGGAGGAGGAGGUGUCGGUGUCGGGCCUCCUCCCGCUCCUGCUCCUCAUCUGCCGCAGACAACACCGGGGUUUGUUGGUUCCGUUGGUUCCGCUCACUCCUUGCUCUCGGACUCUCUCAGAAACAGUUUCUCCGGCGGCGCGAGCGCCGGGUUUUCCGGGAUGUUGUCUCAUCACAAGAGAGUGACGGUACCGAACUCUUUCCUAAACUGAGCCUGUGUCACCAGCACCAGCACCGGGACCAGCACCGGAACCGCUCCAGACUGAAGAGCAAACACAAAUAUCAAAAAACUGAAGCAGAGGAAGCGGAACCUGAUUGUGACUCUGAUCCGUUUACUGUGAAUCGCUUUGUUUUAAAGGGACAUUUAUUUAUAAUCUAUUUAAAUUCUGAGGGUUAUUUUAUUAUUUAUGAAUUUAAAGACAAUCAACAACAACAACAACAACAAUCUCAUUCAAACAUACAGUGAAUAAUAAUCUCCGUGUUAAACAGAUUAAAUGUUUAUUUAAAAACAAUUUGAAAUAAAUAAUUGAUCCAUGAAAAAUAAAAGAUACGAAACAACGAAGAUUAGUGUGCGUGUGUGUGUGUGUGUGCGCGCGCGGGCCUUACUCAGGCCUGUAAAACGACACAGAGCGGGAAUACAAACACUAAAUAAACACAUUUAUUUAUUUUUAUUAUGUAUUUUCAUGGCGGCUUCUUACACACACACACACACACACACACAAUAGAAAGUGCUGAUUAAAAUUAAAAUUAAAACGUUAAUAAUUUGACGACAAACGUUAAAAGUGAUUUUUUUUUAUUGUUAUUUUGACAGAAAGUCUGUGAAUUUAUGGAAAAAUUUGAUAAAAAUGUUUUCACCAGAAAUCUAAAAAUUGAAUUCUUCUUUAAUAAUAAAUAAUUUUAUUUUUAAUAAAUAAUAACGAAAAAUAACCCAAGAUCGGCAUUAAAUCACGUGACAGAAAAUGUAUGAGUUCUUUUAUUUCGCUGUUAAAUAAUUUAAUUUAAUAAAUUAUUUAAAAAAACAAAAACGUUUGUGUUCAAAAAUGUGUUGUUUUUUUAUACAAUUUUAAAGAAGUGUUUGACAAUCAUCGAUCACAAGUAUCGAUCACUGCGGUGUUGAUCAAAUAAAUGUUGCCUCUGUAAAAAAAAACAAACAAGUCAUAAGUAAAUAAAUGAAGCAGAAAAAGAUAAAAUAAUUGAUAUUUGUCAAAAAUGUAACGUGUGACAACGAAACUUCAAUAAAAACAUAUGAAAAAAGUCUUUAUUUAAAACAAACAAAAACGAAUUAUUGAAGAGAAUCAUUCAUUAAAAAUCUUGGAUUAAUUCAUUAUUGUUAUUAUUGUUAAUAUCAAUAUUAAUAAAAUGGUCAUCAUUUCACGUCAUGAGAACAAAGUUCACCAUAAACUAAAUUUAAAAUGAUUAAAAUUUAACAUUUUUGACCGUUUUCAUUUUCAGUUUUUCAAAUAAAUAUAUUUAUAUAAAUAUUUAUGAUGAGAUCACAAAAUUCUGCUGCUUUUUUUAAAAACACACCCACACACACACACACACACACACACACACACACACACACACACACACACACACACACACCUACAUUGUUUUUUUUAUUCUUUUGCACUUUUGUAUUUUUAGCGUCAACUGUUUUUGUUUGUUUGUUUGGUUGUUUGGUUGUUUGUUGAAAGAACAAAAGUUGAUUAAAAAUGAUGAUGAAAAACA